AUGGCUCUCCAGUCCGGCCACCAAGAUCAGGAGCGCAAGUCCUCGCCAACUGCCGCUGCGCAGCCGGGCGACGGCCGCGCAAGUACCCCGGAAGUCGCGUAUGUCAAGCCCUCGGAUAGGGAAACUAGCUACACGUCAAGCGCCUCUGCGCCUCUCCCGUACGAUGGUGGCGCGCCUCCCCUCCCCGACGAGCCUGUCCCAGACGACGAGGACGAUGGCUGGGAGCCCAGGUGGGAGCCCAACGCAGGCGCCUGGUACUUCCUAAACCGCAAGACGGGUCUUUCGCAGUGGGAAAAUCCACGCGUUCCGACCGCCCCAACCCACAGCCUCGGCUACGACAGAAACCCUUACGCUGGCGCCGCUGCACUGUCAUCAAGCUCUGGCGCGCCGGGUACCAGCCCACCACCAAAGCGCAAGUGGGGCGGAUACAACCCCAAGAUCCAUGGCAGCUUCGACCCCAACGCCGACUACGCCAAGGAGGCAGAGAAGGAGGAAGAGGAUGCAGCGCAGGCCUCCGCUGCUGCAGCCUCCGCAGCUCGCAACGCGCUCCUCCCUAGCAAUGACUAUACUACAACUGCCCAGUUCAACCGUUUCAACGGCAAACAGCAACAAGCUGGUCAAGGUCCUGAGAUGCACAACGAUGAAAACAAGAGUCAUCGCCAGAUGAAUGCCUUCUUCGAUGUUGAUGCAGCCGCCAAUAGCCACGACGGACGUAGUCUCAAGGCAGAGCGUCGCUCUCAGCACCUCAGCAAGAAGCAGCUCAAGGAGUACAACGAAAAGCGCCGAGCCGCGAAGGACGCGAAGCGCCGUGCCUGGCUUCUCGACUGA